CUGCCCAGCAGCAGUUGAGGUUCCAGUGUAAACAGCAGCAAGUCACGAGUUGUAUAAAAAUGUGGCCGGUGUUACUGCUGUUAUUUCUUUGCGCCCUGCACCAAUCUUCAAACAGUUUAGAUUGGAGUGGAGGGCCAAAGUCAAAACACUGCGAGGGGCUUCAGAGCUUCCUCUUUCCUCUCUAUAACACUGUGGAAGUGUGAGUCACACAAGUUCCUGGCUAUACAGUAUACACAUUCAAGACCACGCAGCGCUCAAAAAAGAAAAAGAUGGUCAAUUCUCCUGGCUGAUUGAGUAUAGAGGAGAAAGCGCCGAGUCACUCGUGCAGCAGUCACUGGCCCGUCAGCCGUGAGAUGAGCGCUCCUCGCCAUUCAUCACCGCUCCGUUGCCCUUGACGUCGUCGUCAUUUCCAUCAUCGUCCGCGCGCAAAUCGCGCUUGAUGAUCAAUUAACCGCGAGCGCUGAUUGCAGUCAUCAUCGUCAAGAGCUCGACAACAAAAAAAAAAAAAAAAGAAGAAAAAAGAGUUAUAGACCGGGGACGGAGAGAGUGAAACAGUUCGAGGGGAGCCAACGAGUGUGGAACGCAAAAUGGAAUUGUUGAACCGACAGCAGCAUCUAGGCAUUUGCUGCUUCAUUUGGCAGCUGAUCACCACGAGCGGCAUCUUGGCUGGAGAGCCGCCAAAGAUCCGGAAGGACUAUCGCACGAUCGUCCGUGCUAAUGUGAUGGAUAGAGUCCAAAUCUCUUGCCCUUUUUAUCAGCAAUCUGGUGAUUCAGCUGGUCUUUUCUUCCGUUGGACCAAGGAUAACGAGUCCAUUUCUCUGACGCGAUUUGAAACGAAAGGCGCCCAUUUGAUCCUCGACGACGUCGAAUUAGAAGAUGCUGGCCUUUACGCUUGCACCGCCACCAAUGGCUUCGGAAGCCAAAGCGCUGGAAUAAAGCUGAUUGUCACAGAUCCCCUGGCGGAGUCGACGACUACGCCUAACUCGGCCGGAUUCGAAAGUAGUUCCAACGAUCUAUUGAUCCAAGGAUUGGGUUUCACCGAGGAAACGCUACGCCAACCGAGCCGAGUGCGCAUCACAGCCGGCAGUUCGCUCGACAUCCAAUGCGGCGUCACCGGCUACCCUUAUCCGGAUCUUAUUUGGCUCAAGAACGGAGCGGAAUACAAGCGAUCGCCGGAGAACAACCAACCGGACGAGACCAGUUGGAGGAAGGCGUCCCUCUUAACUCUGCCCUUCCGAAGAGCUGCGUCCGGAUCGUCGGCCAAUUACACUUGUUUGGCACUCGGCUUAAAGGGCCGCAUCGAAACGACGUUUGACAUUCAAGUUCUAGAUUCGACCGUGCCGGACAUGAGCGAAGUCCACCCUUCCAACGUGACCGAGUUCAGAGGUGGAAGGGCCAAGUUUCACUGCUGGGUGCGCAGCACGUCUCGGCCGGAAGUCCAAUGGCUCAAAAGGCUUCCAGGCGUCGUCGGCGGCGGCCCAGCAGUAGUCCGCAAUGACUUGAACCUAUACUCUAACACCUCGUUGGUUGUUGGACAGGAUCACUACCAAAAACUGGAAAGCGAUGAGCUGAUGUGGAAGGAAGAUGGAAGUUAUUUGAAGACUCUCCAACUGGACCCACUCAGCGAGAAGGACGCUGGCCUUUACCUCUGUCUGGCAAUCAACCGUUACGGCUACAGCAUUGAAAAGACUUACUUGAACGUCAAACCCAACUACGAGACGUCGAGAGAAUCGAAAUCCGUGCCCAUUUCCAUCAUGGUGGCUCUGCCGUCGAUGCUCUUGAUCAGCAUCGCCUGCGGUUUCGUUUGCUGGAUGAAGAAGCGCGAGAAAUUGAGACGCCAGGCCGAGUUGGCCGCAUUGGCCACCGGCUGGAGCCACGCUUUUGUCGCCCAGCAGCAGCAGCAGCAACAACAACAGCAGCAACAACAAGCGAUGGAGGCGACAAUUGAAACAACCUCCGGCCGGGGUAGUAGCAGCCAACAGCAUCACAGCCGGCAAAUGCUAACGAGCAGCGCGGGGUGCCAUCGUCUUAACGAGGAGGCGGACCCGGGCCUUCACGUCAUGGGCUCGCCCGCCUGCAAUAAGCGCGUUGAGGUUGACACUAGUCGCCAGUCGUCGUCGCUGGUCCAGCAUCAACCGCCUCAUCCUCAGAGCGGCGGCGACGACCUCCAGCAGCAGCAGCAGCAGCAGCAGCCCAAUUAUUAUUUCCAGCGGCCUCGCCAUCAUCAGCUGGAACAGCAGCGCAACACGUCGUCAUCGCUGAUGAUCUGAAGACCGAUCCAUUAAAAAAUCUACUCUCGUCUGCUGCUGCUGCUAUGCUGGCCCGUCUGAUUUCUCUCUAUAUUUUAUAUUCUGCCGCCGCGCCUCUGUGACGACGACCGCGCCAUCAAUUCCCCAGUCGGCCAUUAAUGAAUUAUCGACACGCGACGAGACCCUUUCGCUUGCUAAGGCCCGUGUGGAACAACUUCCCUAUAUACACUGAUGGAGAAAACGCAUAAUAAAUACACACGCAACGAAAAUAAAAUAGACUAG